CUGGACUGUGACCAUGCUCUUCUGCGUGUCAGAAUCAGCAACAUAGCAACAGCUGUUGGAAAAGAAGCUAAACUCUACCUGUUCCCAGCUCAGGAAUGGCUGAAGCUGCAGGAAAGCAGUCAUGGUUAUAGUUGUAGCGAAAAAUUAUCCAAAGCUCUGUUGACAAUGACUGUGAAUCAGACUGAACAUAAUCUGACAGUGUCCCAGAUUCCGCAUCCACAAACAUGGCACGUGUUUUAUGCAGACAAGUAUACGUGCAAAGAUGACUUUGAGAAUUCUCAGGUGGAAGAUAUCCAAUUUGAAAUGAUGUUACUAAAUCCAGAUGCUGAAGGGAAUCCAUUUGAUCAUUUCAGUGCUGGAGAAUCUGGGUUACAUGAGUUCUUUUUCCUCCUGGUCCUAGUGUAUUUUGUGAUUGCUUGCAUUUACGCUCAGUCCUUGUGGCAGGCGAUUAAGAAAGGAGGACCCAUGCACAUGAUUUUAAAGGUUCUGACAACUGCAUUGCUGUCACAGGCCGGCUCAGCAUUAGCUAAUUACAUGCAUUUCUCCAGUUACUCCAAAGAUGGAAUAGGGGUACCUUUCAUGGGAAGUUUGGCAGAAUUUUUUGACAUCGCUUCCCAAAUUCAGAUGUUAUACCUACUUCUGAGUCUGUGCAUGGGUUGGACAAUAGUCCGAAUGAAGAAGUCACAGAGCAGACCUCUCCAAUGGGAUUCUACUCCUGCAUCCACGGGCAUUGCUGUGUUCAUUGUCAUAACCCAGAGCAUUUUGCUGCUUUGGGAACAGUUUGAAGAUACCGGUCAUCGCAGCUACCAUUCACAUCACAACUUAGCAGGGAUCUUUCUGAUCCUCCUAAGAAUUUGCCUGGCAUUGUCGUUAGGCUGUGGCCUCUACCAGAUCAUCACCGUGGAGAGGAGCACUCUAAAAAGGGAGUUCUACAUCACGUUUGCCAAAGGCUGUAUCUUGUGGUUUUUAUGCCAUCCAGUCCUUGCAUGCAUUUCUGUCAUUUUUAGUGACUACCAAAGAGAUAAGGUUAUCACAAUAGGUGUUAUCCUUUGCCAGUCUGUUUCCAUGGUUAUUCUCUACAGACUGUUUCUGUCCCACAGUCUAUACUGGGAAGUUUCUUCACUUUCCUCGGUAACACUACCACUAACCAUAUCAUCUGGACACAAAAGUCGGCCUCAUUUCUGAUACUUGAUUGUGUUCAAAGGAAAAGUGAAUUGGUUUAGCAGAGUGCAAUAAGGAUCCAAAUGCAGUGACUUUUUUUUUGUUUUCAUACAUUUGGUAUGAAAAAUAGAGCAGAAAAAGCAGAGCAUGUUAUUUAUAUGACUGCAUUUAAGCAGUAUCAAAAAUAAAGAUAAUAAAUGAAAUGUUUUGAAAUAAACAAUAAACUUUCAAGAAAGAUUCUUAUAAGGUGACUUAAGCAAUUUCCAUGUGGAAAUAAAGGUAAAAAGAGUUAUAUACUAUUUUGGUAAAAUAUUCACCACUUGUAAUGCCGCAUCGUAUGUAAGUAUAGCUAACUCAGUUUGGUAGUCUUAUAAAAAGUAAUCAGUUAAAUGAUUACUUGCUUAUAUAUAUCUAAACUUGGUUAGGAAAUCAGUAUACAUAAUACACUGAUUAAAAACUGCUUUUUUAUGUUUUAUGGAAAAUGCAUUUCAUAUUGGAGUUCAAAGGAAUUGCAAGUGAAAUCAGUUCAGGAAAUGAAUAUAAAAUGUUCACAGUUAAUGAGUAACCUUUUAUUUGUGGGUGGGGUUAUUCUCCAUUUUUUUUCUCUCAUUUUUGGCUCUAGUUGACGUUUUUGGCUUGAUUAGCAAAGGGUUUAUGACAGUUUAUGCAAAAUAAAACAGAUACAUUACUUGAGUUGUAAGAAUGAACGGUUUUAAAAUGUGAACACUUAGGGGAAGGGACAAGCAGGCUUACAUGUUUUAAAAAAAAGAAAAAGUACUAUAUGGUAUGAUACUAAAAUUUUAAUCCUUAUAUAAUUAAUUUCCUUUAUAUUGGCUCCCCAAUCAUAAUUAAGCCAUAUGCACAGAUUAAAUUAACAGAAGCAUUUCACAUAAAUGUUGGUUUCAGUCAUCAACUACCGAUGAAUUCCUGCCCAAGGAUACUUAAUCAGGAUUAAAUUUUCUAUGAAUAAUUGAAAAACAAAAUACUCACUGGAUUUGUUAUAAUCCGUGUUGGCACUGGAUUCUGAGUAGUUGCCAUCUUGAAUCCCUUGUAAUAAAGCCAUAUAUGGUGGUUUUGUUUUUUUUUUUCUGUGAUGCCCCUGUAUUGGAGUGUGCUAGCUAAAGAAUAGUUGAUCAAAUGCCUGUUUAAAAAUACUGAAUGGUUUCAAUACCUGUUGUAUAAAAUGAAUAUUCCCAUUAAUAGUCACUGAUUGUAAAUUAUUCAGUUUUUGUUUGCCAAGUUUGUUCAGGCCUUUCAAUUUUUACCUCUGGCUUACUUAAAAAAAAAAAAAAUUCUGUCUACUUCCAAAGAUAUUGCAUUUUGAAGCAAGAAAUGGUGCACUGAUGGGGUAGACUUUUUAAUUAAAUAUUUAAAACAGUGUAGCACAACUUAAAAAUAUUUAUGGCUUUGUCUUUGUGUUUUUCCUUGCACCUAGUCUCAUUUAAAUGAGUACUGUUCUGCUUCAUUUUACUGGCAAACAUAGUGUUUGUGACUAACAGAAGAGCAGUGACAGCGUCCAGCCUACUCAGUAAGUCAACUCUCCAUAACAGUUCUUUGUGAAUCAUUUGAUAAGUGAGCACUGCAGGUUGAGACUAGAAAGUUUGAGGUAUAUUUUAGGUUUACAUGAUCUCCUUAGUGGUCAUAAAGUUUUUCUUUUACCACAUCUCACUAAUAAUCCCAGUUAUUAUCGGUUGUGUUCGACUGAGGGGCAGUUAAUUAAGACGAGAAAAAGAGUAAAGGUUUUUCAUGUAUUUUGUGAAUUUGCACCAAUGGGAGGUGAAUAAUCUUUGUGUUGCCUUACACAAAGCGCAUAGUAACUCUGUAAUCAACAUAUCUAAGAUGUAUUUCUAUGCUAGGAUUUAUAAGUUUUAACAGAUUUUUUCUUUUUUAAGAUUUUAUUUAUUUUUAUUGUACUUCAGGUGAAGGCUUACAGAACAAAUAGUUUUUCA